UAAAACGCGUCUCCAUGGAUAUAUAUAUAUUUUUUUAAGUUUUAUGUACAUUCGUACGACUUUGCCUCUGAAUAAUUACUAUUGUGAUCUGUAAUUAUUAUUAUUUUUCUACCGGUGUGUACCUGAACCCAGUUAAAUGAUAAAUUGUAAUUCUAAUUAUUAGAGAGUACUGAGUAGAAAACGUUUCGGUUAAAUUUUACACUUGAAGUUCAAGAUUUCACAAAAUCAAAAAGCGUCGGAAGAUAAUAUGGUGGUCAAUGACGAACCGUACGACGACAACAGCUCUCCGGAUUUUAACUAUUUAGAGCAAUACAAGGAAAUGAAACGAAAAUUGAGACUGCUAAUAUACGAAAAUGAGAUAUUUCAACAGACACUCAAAAAAACUCAACGAAAAAUGCUUAAGGCUUCUCGAGACAAAAGUGUUUUACUAGAAAGACUUUUGCAAUAUGAACGGGUGGAAAUAAGCAGCAGUGAUGAUGAGUUGACAGAAUCGUCAGAUGAAGGCGAAUGCAACAAACCAGAACCAAAAAAGCGGAGAGAAGGUCCAUCUGUAAACGCGUCUGGUUCUAUCAAACAGUCAGUGAGUCCUCAAACUACAUCAACCAGUCAGCCAAAAAAACGAAAGCCUUCAACCCCUAAAACAUCUAAGUCAAUGCCAAUGCAACUUCCACAAAACGAAUUGACAUUGACAACGCCAGAAAACUGUGCAAAACAAUUGCUUGAUCAAAAACCUGCAACAAACAAUUUUGCACUCCACAACUUGAGAACAGACCUAUCGCAGUUUCCUGAAAAUUUUUCGGUCAAGACCGAAUCGAAUGGAAUAUUUGACAUGGACACGUCUCCUAAUCACGUUUCUGAAGAUAUGAUCAGCGUCGAUAGCAUAACAAAAUAGUUAAAUUACUUUUUUUUUUUUUGACAACGAUAAUCUUCAAAAAACAAGUCUACUAUAACAUGUACUAUAAUAAGUAAUUCCGAUAUUGGCACCUGUUAACAUUGUUUUCUAAAAAGUGUCAUUAUUAUAUUAGAAAAAUAUUUCUAAAAUACAAUUAUUUUAAGUGUUAUACCAAUAAAAUAUAGCUCUAACGAAAUUAUAUUGGUAUUUAACCAAAAAUGGUUAAGUUGAUGUACAACAUAUGAUAUUUAUG